UCCGACUUCGUCGCGCACGCAUCCCUCUCUGGCACGGCGUCGCCUGGCGGGCAACGGCGCGACCUCGCGUAUCGUUUCGUCGAUCAUAUACACCGAGAGCAACACGUUGCGUCGUUCCUGUUGUUUUGUGACGGGCCGGUGAACGCGUCCGUUCAUCCUGUUCACCGCUUCGGGAAAGCUCGUUCGCAGUCACGGCAGCCGGCGGGAGCGGAAAUUGAAAACGGCGGUGCGCGAUCUGGACCGAGAAACUGAGUCUCAUUCGGCGCGGAAUUGAGCCGCGGAGGGAAGAGUCCUCUAUUUCUCUCUCUCUCUCUCUCUUUCUCUCUCCCUGUCCCUCUAUCUUUCCCUCUUCGGCUGUUACGUCAUCGCGGAAAAUCGUCUGCUGCGAUCCGCCGGAGCGAGAACUCGCUUCGAUUAUCGAGCGCGUUCGAUUGCCGCGGAGUGCCUGACAGGUGAGCGUCUUUUUCCACUUCCUCCUCUGCCGAGACCAGCGGAGCAUCCCCGCAGGAUCUGCGACUCGAGGCUGCGUUCCUCGGGGCCUUGGUGUGAUUUCGACCUUAGUGGAUUCAUCAUCUGAAGAUCGAUUCGCCGGAAUAACGUUCGAACCAGGUGAAUCCCCGUCGAGCGGGAAUGGACAUCUGGCAGAGACGACGCUCGUGAAGGCCACCGGUGUUGCGUUUUUCCCGCUCGUCCAGUGCGCGAAUCAGCUCCUCUCCGUCGGUGGGGAGGAAAGUUGCGGCCAGGUCGACUCGGCGGGAAAAUCCUCGGCAGGGAGGCCGUCGUUCACGGAGCGAGGAGUGCCGCGCGCAGUGGAGAACCGCGAUCGAGCGCGAUGCGCUGAGGCAUCGAUCAUAUCGAGCGGGUCGAAAGCGGGGACGGACUGGGCGCUCAAUUAAAUCGCCUGAGCGUCGCGGACGGGCACGGGAUUACGAGGACGGACGGAGAGUGACGGCGAAGUAAGGAGCGAGCGAGAGAACGAGCGGAACGGAGCGAAGCGAAGUCGCGUAACUCGAUUGAUUGGCCCCGCAGUGAUUGUCGCACGGCCGACGAGAGCGCGACGCGAUGCCGGGAGAUGUUGUAUCGUCGCUCUGAGAGGAGGAAUCCGGACCGUUGGCACGUCACCACCGAGAGCGCGAGCACCAGAUACUCGGAGCCCGCUCCCGAGUGCUCCGCCGAGAGGCCCCGCGUCGAUAGAGGGUGAUGCUCGUGGCUCGUCCGAGUGGCGAACGUCGUAGAGCGUCGUAGCAGAGCGAAACGGCGACGAGAGGAACACGAUCUAUCACGAGAGCUGCGAGUGGAAAUCUUCGUCGCGAAGGCCCGGGAUCCGCUAUAUUAAUUGCCCCUUGUAAUUGGGGUUUCUAGGAUCGCGCUUAAUUAAUUGGCUCCGACGUGAACGAUGAAGUGGUGCGUGUUGGUGUUGGUAUUCGCCGGCCUGAGUAGAGGCGAUAAUGCCGUCGAUACGGAUUCUCUCACUCUCAACUGCCUGCAACUCAAUUCCCAGGAAGAGAUAGAUCUCGACAAGAUAAUGGGCAAGUGGUACGUCGUGGAAGUCUUGGAGCACAGAACGGACCUGGUGAAGUCCCCGGUGAGCAGCUCGUACAUUGUCGAUUCGUGUCCGAUCGUGAAGCUCAUGCCGCUGGAGCACAAUUCCUUAAAGCUGCUGUGGAGCGAGGAGGCUGGUAACCUGGAGUACAACUUCCGAAUACCGGAUAUUGUCAAAAAAAGUGGCUUAUGGCGAACCAUCAACUUGCAGAACGGUACCCUGGCGGAGAAGAACUACAACCAGUUCGUGGGAACCGUGCACGUAAUGAAGGCUGUGGCCUCGGACAUGGUGUUGACUUUCUGUUCCCGGAAUCCCGGGAACAUUCAGCUCUACUCGCUCCUACUGUCGCGGGAGCAUACUCUGCAGAAGAGCGACAAACGAGGCGUUCACAAUCUGCUGGGCCGCCGUAGCCUGAAGAUCGUCAGCAUUCGGGAAACUUGCAUGAACGGCGGCGCGACCGGAACCAGAAGGGGCGCACUCGAUCUCCUCGUCGGAUGGGCGACUCUCGUCGGCCUCCUCUCGUCGAGCUUCCUCUUCAAGUCCUGGCAGUAGUGAAUUAGGUGGACGAUCGAUCUUGAGACGCGAUCGCUA